CUUAGGGUAAGUCCUCUGGAACUUGACGAUAGCUAUGUGAUGGGCUAUCUUUUUUUUUUUUUUUUUCCUAGCAGAUUGUUUUGCAAAGGGGAUAAAAGAUGACGGAAGCAGAUGGAAUCGAGCGGGGCCCGACCGCCACGCCGGCAGACUUUGUCAAGGCCCUUGAAAAAAAGGAUUUGGCACGACUUCAGGUGCCGAAAAUCGACAUCUUCCAUUUUAAAGGGGACAGAGUAUCUGAGUGGCUGGAGCUACUGGAACAAGUUACCACCGAGGUACCCGAAAAAAACAAGUUCAAGUUCCUACCUCGAUACAUCUGGUGGGAAACCCGGCCCGAGGUAAUGAAGGUGGCUGCUGAAGCAGGAGGAGACUGGGCUAAGUUUAAGGCAGAAAUCCAUAGGCGGUUCAAGCUAGGGGAUGGUUUAUUAACGAAGAUAGACUUGGAGAUGUUACAACGAGACGAGUUCUCCAUGGUGGGAGCUUUCGCAACGACAUUUGAGAAGAUGGCAAAGAAAGUCCCCGGAUUGGCGGAAGAAGAACAGUGUGCCACUUUCCUGGGACACUUCAAGAAUUGGGAGGCCUCGUCGCUCACCAAGAAGGCUGCGCCACGAAAGAAGCUCACUUGGGCCGCCAUAAAGGAGGGCGUGAUAGAAGGAGAGCUAGAACAAGUAGACAUCUUCCAAAUGCAACAGGCUAGGAAGAAGAGGAAGGCUUUGGAUGCCUCGACAAGUGAAGGGAUAAAUUUUAAGAGAAUGGUAGAGGAUGCUGAUGCCCAACUCGAUGCAGAAAAGAAGGCAAAAAGAAAAACUAUGGCGGCACCACAAACCCAAGGAAAAACAAAGAAGGCGGUGGUUCAAGAGGAGGAAGAAGAGGAGGAAGAGGAGCUUGAGCCUCAAAAGGAUUUGCAGCGCUUAAAUGCUGUAACAGUGAGAGAUGGAGGGGGUCUCCCUAACGCUGAUGUGCUUUCAGAGGCAUGCGCAGGAAGAUCCAUAAUAUCUCCCAUAGACUUGUAUUCUGGUUAUGACCAGUUUUCUGUUUACCCUUCGGACAAACCAAUGACUGCAAUGCAUACCCCUCGAGGGCUGAUUCACAUGAAUGUCGCACCGCAAGGGUGGACGAAUGCGGUUGCCAUGGUCCAGAGACACAUGGUGAGGGCAAUGCAACCAGUGAGUCCUCACAUUACACAACCUUACAUUGAUGAUCUGGCUGUAAAAAGGCCAAAAGAGAAGGAUGAGCAGGAAGUGAUGCCUGGGAUUAGGCGAUUUGUCUGGGAUCAUGUGCAAGAUCUUUGUAAAGUCCUAGACUUGCUGAAGGAGCAUAACUUUACUGCAAGCGGAACAAAGUCCAGGCAUUGUAUGCGUGAAGCAACGAUCUUAGGGUUUGUGUGCAACGAGAAAGGUCGUCGGCCAGACACUAAGAAAACGAACAAGAUUCUCGAAUUGCCAACACCAUUCGAGACAAUUACAGAGGUAAGGAGCUUCCUGGGAACAUGUGGGUUUUGGAGAGUGUUCAUCAAAGGGUUUGCGGCAAAGACAGAGCAGUUGCGAAAGCUUGUGCGCCAAGGUCAGGAUUGGGAAUGGGGAGACAAGCAGGAGUCAGUGAUAGAGGGUCUGAAGAAAGAGUUUGAGGAAGAGGGUCUAGUGCUGGGGUUACCAGACCAUGCGGCUGUGAUGACCAUACCUUUUAUCGUAGAAACGGACGCAGGGCCGACUGCACUGGGAGGAGUACUGAUCCAGCGAGACCUCAAUGGAGAAGAACGGCCGCUAAGAUUUGAAAUUCGAAUGCUUAACACAACUGAGAGGAAUUACUCUCAGUUCAGGUUGAGGGUGAACCCAACUGCUCUAGCUGGUUCCCUUAAGAACUUCGCUCCUUCAGAUCCAACCAUUGUCAGGUGGUUGACGUACAUCUGGAUGUUUGACUUCGAAUUGGAGCGUAUCCCUGGGAACAAGAAUAGGGCAGAUGGGUUAAGUCGCGUCGACUGGGACAAAAGAAACAAAGGGGUGAUUGAGGAUACUCCGCCGGUCGAUGGUUUCCUGGACAAGGAAGAGGAUGUUAAACUCCACAUUAACUCCUGGUCAUUGGUUAUAGGUAACUAUGUUACUCCUGGACGACCUAUAUGGCUCGCAUCUCCAGGUCAUGUGCGGCGGUCGGAUAUAGUCCUCAAACCUUAUAUUGAGGAAGAUUCUUGGGGAAUGCCAGGAGUGAAGUGGAUGAUGGAAUUGGCUUUGGCAGAUAAGUACCAGCUGCGGGAAGACUUUGUCACAUUGGAGACCGGACCUCAGCAGGUAGAAAAGCAUAAACGACUGACAGGUGGAAUGUACCUAUUGGCAAACUCGAUGCUUCAAGAAGAGGUUGCUAGGAUUGAAGGAGAGAGGCAAGACAGAGGGGAGAACGUGAUCCAUGAAGGAGAGGACGAUGAUUUUGAAGAAGACUUGCUUAGCCUGAAGGGCCUUAUGAAGGAGGGCUUUGCGGUGGCCAAGACUUCUGAUGAAAAGAUGGAGAAGAGGUUGACUAGGGUGGCGCGGGCGUCUCAUGAACAGAGAAUGGAUUGGCGGAAAGAAAUUGGUGACCUCAAGAAGGAGUUGGAGAGGCAGGACAAGGAGAUGGAGGCCAUGAAGAUUGAGGUGGAGAAGGCUUGGGCAGGCAACGAGGCCAUCAGACAGCCUGCAGAGGAGGCCUUCAAGAGUCAGAAGGUGGAAGAGAGGGCAAACGAGCAAAGGGGUGAGGAAAUCCCUCUGCUGGAUGAGAAGAUGUUGGAGCCACAAGAGACACUAGCAAGAAAGGACGUAGAGGCAGGAGAGUUUGAGUGGAGGAUGCCCACCAUCUUGGCACACGAGCAGGGACUAGUGAGGCUAGGGGUGAGGCCACCAACAGAGGCCAACAUGGAUGAGGUUGCACCACCUACAAUUCAGAGGGAAACUGUGGGGCAGCAGGAGGCUCAAGAGAGUAUGGGACAGGCCAGGGUUGAGGCUGAGGUAGGGGAGAAUCUGGAGGUUUCUCAGAAGACCGCACCACCUCAGGAUAUGCCUCUGGUUGUAGGUCUGGAGGAGGCGCUGGGAUCUUGGGCCACUGGAUCCGGGGCAGGGGAGCGAGUGAGUGAGGAGGUGGCACAGACAGAGGAGAGAGCAGCCUGCCCCACUCCAUCUGAGACUCCCCAGCAGGAGGUUACGAGCGAAGUUACGGCAGUUUCAUCCUCAGUACUCUCGCAGGAAGAAGAGAAGACGACACAGAAGAAGCCUGGGAAGUGUUUCUACUGUAAGAAGGGCAAACACUUCUCUGAUGAUUCCCCCAAGUUCUAUGAGGAUGAGGCAAGAGGGUUUGUUACCAGAGUAUCCACUGGGAUUUGGAGGGAUAGGAAUGGUAAUUUGGUUGAGAGGUCUUGUGAUGGUGGUAGAAUGCAGUUGUACAGACAGAUAGGUGAGGUGAUGAUUGACUAGGAUUUGACAUUAGGGUCCGGAAAGGUCUAAACCUUGACAUGAGUAAAUAUAUUCCUGACUC